AUGGAGCUGCUAUCCAUCGUCAUCCAGAAAUUGUUUACUAUUUGCGAAGCGUUGGUGUCGUUCCACUCUUCCCCUUCAACAUGGGCAAUCCCUUCGAGCACUGCGGCUGGAGAGCGCAAGGCUUCUUUGAUCCCGUCGGACCACUUUCUGUUGAGCAUCAACAAUCACCAGCGCUGGAGCUGA